AUGUCCACGGCCGAUGCAUUCGAGUCCCAGAGGCUCCGCCGAGAUUCAAACCUAGACGCCGAUCGGGCCGACCUUUAUGGGGGUUCCAACGUCAUAGCUCCUCCGAAACACUUAAUAGACCCCAGUCGCAGCUCUAAAUUUCAUUCCAACAACACAAUGGUGACCGAUCCCGUUAGCUCUGAUACCACUUCUUCAUAUGAGGGAGACUCUUCCCAAGUGACCACGCCCUUGUCAACACCGUCACCGGUCACAAGCAGCGACUUUGCGUUCGCAUUCGAUAUUGAUGGCGUCCUGGUUCGGGGUGGCAAGCCCAUCCCGGAGGCUGUCCAGGCCAUGAAGUAUAUCAAUGGCGAGAAUCCUUACGGGGUGAAAGUACCAUACGUUUUCCUUACAAACGGCGGCGGCAAGUCUGAGGCAGAACGAUGUGCGGAUCUCAGUCGCCAACUCGAAUUAGAGAUCUCCCCUGGUCAAUUCAUUUGCGGCCACACGCCCAUGCGCGAAAUGGCGGAGCAGUACAACACUGUUCUAGUCGUUGGUGGCGAGGGCGAAAAGUGUCGCGGCGUUGCCGAAGGCUAUGGCUUCAAGAAUGUCAUCACCCCCGGAGAUAUCAUCAAAACACGACAAGACACCACACCUUGGCGCAAACUUACCGACGAAGAGCAUGGGCAUUCGCGCCUGAUAGACUUGGAAAAUACCCAAAUCGAAGCCAUCUUUGUUUUUGCCGAUAGUCGUGAUUGGGCUGGAGACCAACAGAUAAUCCUGGAUAUUCUCAUGACCGUGGAAGGCAAGCUGGGCACCCGUUCAGAGGUCUUUAACGAAGGCCCACCAUGCUUCUUUUCCCACAAUGAUGUGAUUUGGUCCACAUCCCAUGAACACUCGCGCAUCGGCAUGGGUGCCUUGAAGACUUCUCUGGAAGCCGUGUACAACGCAAUAACGGGCAAGGACUUGAAUACCUUUGCUUUCGGCAAGCCCCAAAUGAGUACAUUCAACCCCCCCUCAACGGUGUACUUCAUUGGAGACACCCCCGAAUCAGAUAUCCGAGGAACCAAUGAAUUCAAUGAUAAAAGUGAGAUUGAUUGGUACUCGAUCCUUGUCAAGACCGGCGUCUGGCAGGACAAGACCAUUCCUCGCUACCCACCUCGCAAAAUCUGCGACAAUGUUUAUGAUGCCAUCAAAUUUGCGAUCGACCGCGAGCAGCAAAAGUCGAUAAACAGUGGUACUGCAAUUCAGAAUAUUCAAAAGAAGAAAGCGGAACCUAUAAACUAA